AUGGAUAAAAUCAUGUCAGAGGCACAACGACAAGGCCGUUUAAGUUUUUACAUGGUGGGCCAUAACAAUCUCAAUCUAAAGGGUAGACUAACGAUGCGAUUUCAGGUGUCCCGAGGUGAAGAGGCUAUCAUGGUAGGAUCUGCUGCGGCUCUUGGCCCAGACGACAUCAUCACCUGUCAAUAUCGAGAGACAGGCGUGUUUUUACAACGAGGGUUUGUGUUGAAGGACUUCAUGAGCCAGUUGACAGCGAACAAGAAUGAUCCUGGCAAGGGUAGAAACAUGCCAGUUCACUACAGUGGGAGACUGAAGACAGGGAUUCAUGCGGUUGCAUCUACACUUGGUACGCAGAUUCCCCAUGCAGCAGGGGCCGCAUACGCAAUGAAGGUACAAGAUCUUGAAAGCGGAACUACAUCGCCUCGAGUCGCAGUGGCAUAUUUCGGCGAUGGUGCAGCAAGCGAGGGUGACUUCCAUGGAGCCCUGAACUUUGCAGCUACUCGAGAUUGUCCGGUGAUAUUCAUCUGCAGAAACAACGGAUAUGCCAUCUCGACACCAACCUCCGAGCAGUAUCGCGGCGACGGAAUUGCUAGCAGAGGAAUCGGCUACGGCAUCGACUCCCUGCGUGUAGACGGUACAGACAUCUUCGCCGUUCACGAAGCCACCAAAGAAGCCCGUCGGCGGGCACUCGAGAACGGCGGGCGCCCUAUCCUCCUCGAGAUGAUGAGCUACCGCAUGUCUCACCACAGCACCAGCGACGACAGUUUUGCAUACCGAAACAUCAAAGAUCUCGAACCGUGGACAGUGCGAGACAACCCAAUCCUCAAGCUCGGAAAAUGGUUGAAGAAGAAAGGUCUUUGGAGCGAUGAGCAGGACGAGCAGGCGAGAGUCCAGAUAAGAAAGGAUAUUCUCUCGGAGCUCAAGAUGGCGGAGCGUGAGAAGAAACCGAAGCUGAGUUCUAUCUUUGAUGAUGUUUAUUCAAGACUUUCGGAUGAGCAGGAAGCGCAGAGGAAGGAGAUGAGGCGCUUGAUGAUGAAAUAUCCAGGUGAAUACGACCUAGAUGACCACGAAGGAGGCUUGGGCGGUCUCUAG